GGUAAACAAAUCCUUUGAAAAAAGACAAGAGACGAGCGCUACCUGUGAAAAUCACCCGCGUGAGGGUAAAUUUCUCAUGAACUUUUGUCCUUUAGAGUGGCCAGGAUGCCUUCAAUAAAUGAGAUGGGUUGUGACAGUGAACCUGAAGAUAUGGAGGAAGAGAUGAGCACAAUUGACACAGAUAAAAGUGAAGAAGAAGAGUCUGAAAGUGGAUCAUCUGGCAGUGAUGACGACUCGUCGGAAUAUGAUGAAUUUGACUGUGACAGAAGAAGAACAGAAUGUAUGGAAGACAUGAAUGAUCUAGAAAGUCAGUUCACAAGUCUCAGAGAUCAAUUGUAUUCAGAACGACUGGAACAAAUUGAGUAUAAGCUGAACGAGGUCAAGUUGGAAGCUGCUCACGAGUAUCUAACCCCCCUCCAUGAGCUGGACCAGAUGAAGAGUAGAAAGCUAAGAAUUGCUAGUGUCCUGAGAGAGCUACGCAUGGAGAACAUCAGAAAUAAACUACAGAGUGAAGAAAAAGCCUCAAGGGAAAACCAUGAGAGUGAGAAAAGUUUACUCCGGGAUCUCAUGAAAGCUGACCUUGAGGACAAGAUCAGAAGACUAGAGGAAGACAGGCAUAAUAUUGAUCUUACAACAGAAUUAUGGAACGAGUCUCGGAUCUUGAAGCAGAAAGGAAAGAAACCAGAUUCAUUACAUUCUGACAGAAAGAAGAAACCAGUAGCUGUGUCAGGUCCUUAUAUAAUAUAUAUGCUGCGUGAGGACGACAUCCUAGAUGACUGGACAGCAAUAAUGAAGGCAAGAGGUGCAAGUGCUAGAAGGAAAUCAGAAGGUCGUACAUCACACAGUGCCAAGUAUGAAGAUGGAAAGCUUCGCUAUGAUGGCAGAAUGUUUCAUAAAAAGGACCAGAUUCUUAUUGAGAAUAGGGAAGACUCUCCAGUCUCGGCCAGAAUAACUGCCAUCGAUGCUCGGGAGGUGUGGGUGAGGAGACAUGAUGGAACCAAAUCAAAGCUGCUACUUCACAACCUAGAGAAGGGAAAGUACACCAUUCAACAUGUGCGGUAGUCAACAUGUAACCGCUUCGGCAGCCUUUUCUAUGAACAAUUUGAACUAUCCUCUUUUGAAGGACAUGAUGCAUUUGAAAGAGAAUGGGAGUAAGGUCCAUCUUGCUCUUAGCUGAUGAUAAUUUGUAGUGACCUUAGCCGUGGGACUGGCACCGAAAUAACGGGGUCAUCAUUACUUACCUCAUCUGUAAUACUUGUUGGACGUGGAGCAGUGUUCAUCAUGAUUUUCAGGAACAUCUCAACAUUUUCACUUUUAGAGGCGCAAGGGCAUUCUGUCUUUGUAAAAAUAUGUGUGCAUGUGACUAAUAAUGCCCCUAUGUCGCUAACCAUGCAAGAUUGCGAGAAUGUGAUGAAGAGAUAUAUAUACUGUCUGGUGUGUCAUUGAUGUUUAUGUGUAUCAUGUCUUAUGCAAAUGCCAGUAGCUUUGUGUACUUCUUGUUUUAACCAUGAAUUAUUGCAUCUUUGAUGCCCAAUAUGUCUCUAAUUACUCAGCUUGUUGAUUCUAACUGAAAAUGAUGGUGUUUGUCCCAAACAUAAAUACUAUUCUAGAAUGUGUUUUCAUGUUUCUAUGAAAUGAUUUUUGAUUUACCAUAAUAUACCUGGCAGAAAGACACAGACACUAUUCAUAUUGAAGUCAAAUUUUAACUCUGAAACUGCCUUU